AUGGCCCAACAGAGGAGCACGAAUGCAAAGAUUUACAAAUGCUGGGGCUAUACGUUCGAAUGGAUCGACGGCCUUCACUCUCCAGUGGAGCAGUUGCACUCCAUCAUGCUCAACUAUGACAAACUUGUAGAUGAGUGUCUUGAUCGCCUGGAUGAGAUCUCACCCCCAGGAAGUGCCCGUGCAAAGAGCACAGGGAGCCCCGACGCUCGAACACCGAAGAGAGACCUCUACUCUCUGCUGGAGAAGCACGCAAAAGACGAUCCAAAGCUCGACGAACUGUGGUCUGAGGUCAACACCGUCCCGGACUGGGUCGAGUGGGAACAAAUUAAACGGGGUCAAGAAGUGUUCUUCCGCUAUGGAACACCGAUUCUCAAUGUACUCGGCUUUCAAAGCCUCCUCGGCGGAAUGGGUUCCCCCCGAGUUGUUGAGACCUUGGCCCGGACUGGAGGUUUCUCGGCGGACGUUGUACGGCGCAGGCUGCUGGAAACUCUACAGCACAUCCUUCAGGUGUCCCUAUCAUUGGACUCGAUAAAGCCUGGGGGUAAAGGUCAUAUCUCCUCCGUCCGAGUCCGGUUGUUACAUGGAUCGGUCCGUCGUAGGGUGCUGAGCCUUGUCAAAUACAGACCCGAGUACUACGACAUCAAGAAAUACGGGAUUCCUAUUAACGACUUGGAUUGCAUUGGAACUAUCCACACGUUCUCAACGAGUGUGGUCUUCCUUGGGCUUCCACGACAAGGUAUCUUUUUGAGGAACCAGGAAAUUGACGAUUAUAUUGCCCUUUGGAGACUUGUCGCGUAUUACAUGGGCACACCAACGGAGUGCUUCGAGACAACGGCUCGGGCACGAGCGAUGAUGGAGUCGAUCUCGGUGUCAGAGUUAGGCCCAACCGAUACUGGUAGGAUACUGGCGCAGAACAUCAUUAUUGGCCUCGAAAACACAGCCCCCACAUAUGCGUCGAAGGAAUACCUUGAGGCUAUGGCGAGAAAACUCAACGGUGACGAGCUAUCUGAUAGACUUGACCUUCCGCGUCCCUCUUUAUACUACCAAGCACUCGUGUAUGGGCAUUGUAUAAUGGUCAUGGCCACGUGCUAUGGAAUUCGAGUGUUUCCGAUGCUCGAUCAAGCUUUCAUUAAGUUACGUCGCAAACUCUAUUAUAGCCUCAUUAUGGACAAGAAAGAUGGACUAGGAGGCGAAAGUUUCUUCGAAUUCAAAUACGUACCGUUUUACAGACUUAUCAUGGUCGAUGAUGGUAUCGUCGUGCCGUUGGUGGGCGCCUUACAAGCUUGCGUCUCCGUUCUGCUGACCAUGAGCUACGGGGUCGCAGCGCAAAGGCUACGAUUAAUUCAGGAGCACUCAAUCAAUGAUAUGGCUGGACUAGGAGUGAAGCUGUUUCUCCCCGCUUUAAUCAUCAUCAAUCUAGGCGAACAGCUGCAAUUAGGAAAUGCGUUGAACUACAUCCCCGUUCUCAUUUGGUCCAUUCUUUACACCAGUGUCUCGAUUGGCCUAGCAUAUUUCGUCUCCAAGGGACUGAAGCUCCCGCACUGGGUGACGCCUGCCUGCGCAUUCAACAACACGACAUCCCUGCCGCUCCUCUUGCUGCAAUCGCUGGAAAGCGUGGGCAGUCUAAAGCCGCUUAUUAAGGACGGUGACACCGAGUCUGAGGCUAUUUCUCGUGCCCAGAGCUACUUUCUACUCUGCGCUGUAGUUAGUAAAACGAUCGGUUACGUCGUUGGUCCCAAGCUACUCCAGCACGGCAACGAGUCCACCGAUUCGGAGAAUCAAGAAGCAGACGACACAGAUCCCGAAACGCAAAAUGGCACCGCUGAACACCACGUCGACGAGGAGACAUCCCUUCUUCCCCAGCGAGCGCACAAAGCCCGCCGCAACAUCUCCAACAGUAUCCGGCACGGAACCCAGCGCAUUUCAUCCAUGUUCCCCAAGCGCAUCCGACAGAGACUUAUGGCCCCGUUUGAGUCCCCCUUUGCCGAUGUUGCGAUCGGCUGUACCGUGAUCGGUGUGGUUCUGGGUCUGGUGCCGCAGUUGCAUAAAGCGUUCUUCAAUAAAUACGAGGACGGCGGGAUCUUCAACGCUUGGCUGACGUCGAGUGUCAAGAAUAUUGGCAAGUUGUUCACGACGUUCCAGAUCUUUGUGGUGGGAUGUAAGCUGGGCGUCAGCUUUGAGAAGAUGAAAACUAGUGGUGAUUCGGGGCGAAUACCUCUGGAGGCGAUUGGGACGAUUUUUCUCGUUCGUUUAGUGAUAUGGCCUGCACUCAGUAUCUCCGUUAUAUAUGGCUUGGCUAAGAAUACCAAUAUUGUGUUAACUGAUCCUAUUCUCUGGUUCAGUUUGAUGCUCAUGCCGGCUGGACCUCCGGCAUUGGUGAUAUCCGGAUUGGCCGAGUUGGCUCAGAUUUCGGAGCUGGAGAAGAUGGCUAUUGCCAAAUCGUUGUCUGCGAUGUACGUGUUAUCGCCAUUUGUAUGCUUCAGCAUCACGGGCGCUCUAAAAGCAUCUCAAGCGGCACUGGAGCAGAGGAACUCCACAUAG